UCGUUUCUCUAUCAUCUCCUGUACGCCAACUGUUCGAUGAAAUGUCUUUCAGAAACUUCGUCCUGAAUCAUUUACCUCACUAGUUUCUCGCCUUCAUCACUGGAUUUGGGCUUACUAAAAGCUUGAAGAUGAGUUCUACUGUUUGGUGGGAAGGAGUUGAGAAGACACGAGUUCUCAUUGCCCCAGAUUCAGCAUGUGGAGGAAACAAACCUGGAGAACUAUUAACACUUCGCCAUCCAAAAUCAGAAAAUGGAACUUGCUACCUUUUUAACAAUGACAUGCUUCAAGAAAUUCAAUGGUUUAAGCAAUCAUAUGGUUCUUGGUUCCUUGGAGAUUACAUUUCUCAAGAUGGAAGCUUAUAUAUGGCUACUCCGGUUGAUCCUGUUUUCAUCUUGUUGCCUGUUUUCGACCAAGCAAGAAUGAAGAAAGGGGAUGAUCCUGGAAAGUUCAGGCAACUGGAUGAGGUUUUAUUUGUUGAAGGAUAUCCUGAAUAUCAACAUCUGUCGUCACUUGCAGAGAAGUGUAUGGAGAUCGUUUGUCAAACUCAAGAGGUUGGAUCUAUGAAGUUUUAUCGACUUGAUAACUCGAAAGUUUUAGCUUGGUUAACUUGUAAGGUGCGCUCUUUAAAGAAGGCUCUACCGGCAUUGGACAAGAACUAUGCAGCUCAAGAUGAGAAACAAACAUUGGUGGAUGCAGUUUCAAUUGUGGGAGAGUACCUGAAGACAGAGCCUUGGUUGAAGCUUCUCUAUGAUCAUCUUGGACUGGAGUUUGUAGACCCAACAACGAAAGAAAGCAAUACAGAGACCUUUCCAAAUGCAAAUGAGAAUAAAAUGGACUACUCAAAUUCAUUACAGGAGAGAGCAAACAAGAAGACAGGAAAACCUGAGAAACAGACAAAGCAAGCAAAGGUAGAGACUGGAUCAAAGAACAUAAGGGAUAUGUUUUCAAGGGCUUCUAAGAAAAAGUGCUGA